CGGCAUAGAUGGACACGUGAGCGCAUCUCUGCCAUCAGAGGGCGGGUUUGUAGCAUUGUGUGCGCAGCGUGUGGCCGCCGCCGCUGCUGCUGGUGAUGAUGAGAGGAGCGCAAGGUACACAAACCUUUCCACGGAGAUCCAGCGGCUUUAAAGCUGUACAAAGAACAGUAAACACCGGCCUCAGCUGUCUGUUCUGAAUGUGCAAACAUUGCCUUACCAAUACUGUGUUGUUCCUCUCUAAUGAAAGCAGAAUUGACAAACAAAACCAGGAGUGACUUGAAAGUGCGCAGCGGAUACAAGAAAGAAGUCGAGAUAGAUUUAGCACAAGUGAAGGUGUCCAAAUGGGUCUUGUCGCAAUGGGAUUUGAGUUGAAGAACACGUAACCACUCAGAAGUCACCCUGAUUCAAUCCGUUGUUAAGGUAACUGGGAACUUUAAAAGACGUUUUUGACCGCUGGGAUGUUGUGAACGAGACGUCGCCUGGGACAGAAGGAGCGGGGACGCAGAAGGAAGAGAGGGGACCAGGGCUGGACGAGCACCGGAGGGAUUAUGGCUCUCGCAACGUUUUCCCUCAGCCUCAUCACGCUGGCGCUUACUAACUUGCAUCUGUCGAGAGCCAGCGACCGGCAUGCGGUGUACUGGAACAGCUCAAACCUACAGCUACGGAGGGAGGGAUACACGGUGCAGGUCAGCGUCAAUGACUACCUGGACAUCUACUGCCCGCACUAUAACACCAGCCAGCGGGGGACGUUAGAGCGCACCGUGGCCGAGCAGUACAUUCUCUACAUGGUCAGCUACCGCGGCUACCGCACCUGUGACCCCCAGCUGGGCUUCAAGCGCUGGGAGUGCAACCGGCCCCACGCUCCUCACGCUCCCAUCAAGUUCUCCGAGAAGUUCCAGCGCUACAGCGCCUUCUCGCUGGGCUACGAGUUCAACGUUGGCCAGGAGUACUACUAUAUCUCCACGCCCACCCACCACCACGGCCACAGCUGCCUGAGACUGAGGGUCUAUGUCUGCUGCUCCACUGUUUCCCAGGCAGAUGAUGACUCCAGUCAGACCUCUCCCGAGUACACAGUCAGGCCAAACAUCAAAAUACACAACAUUGAUGAAUUUAACCCUGAAGUUCCCAAACUGGAGAAAAGCGUCAGUGGCAGCAGCCCAUCCCGUGACCGCCUUCUUCUUACCGUGGCAAUGCUGCUCGUGUCUGCUGUCCUUUUGUCCUAGCGACUUGUCACCGUGAGUGACACCUCAUGCAUGGCUGGGACCGCCUUGUCCAAAGGGCUUUGUAUCCACCAAGUUGUUGUAGUAAAAGUUGUCAGAAACACAGGAGAGGAUAAUGCAGAGGUGCAACAGAACCACAGUCAAAGGGGACACAGAAAGGAAAUCCUUGAAUAUAAACUUAACUAGACUUUUAAAAAGGAGAGGCCUUUUGCUGUCAUAUUUACACUAGUGUAUUUUGACACUCCAUGCGUUGAUGGACGUCAUUAUCCUAUGAAUACCACCGCAUUUCAUGCCACAACAUGGAGACCAUUCCGAUCAAACUUCUGUGCUGCUGUCAUGCCUGAGAAAGUGGACUUGUAAUAAAUUGGAUGUAGACUACACACUCUUAUUGUAGCAUGGAUAUAAAAAUCACAUGAGGAUUUUAAGCUGCACUGUUCAGCUGAUGAAAGAAAUGUUUUUUUGUGACUGUAAGCUUUGAAAAAGGUGGCAAACCUGGACUUUGCAGUGGAUUUUUAGGCCUUGGACCAUGGACUAGGAAUGCAAAUGUUUAAAACUCGACUUAGAUGUAGUUAAGAGCAAGCUGGACUCUAGAACUGUACUGAUCUUACCUGGGCUAUACAGGAUAUUUAUAUAAUCAGUCAGUGAUGAGAACAGCUGCCAUUAUCCUGGACAUUGAAGAAUGUUUUCACACUGGUGUGAGGGAGCUGCUGGUAAUAACAGCCCAAGGUGUUUCUUAAGAAAAGGGAAAGACUUUGUGAGGAUAUCCACAGGCCUUUCAAGAAACCAUUUUCACCAGACAUCAAAAAUACCCCUGGCUUUGUGAUAGGUACAGAUGCAAAGCCUGUGUUUUUUAGAAGAUAGCGAGUGUCCUCUUAGAACUAGUCCUUUGUCUGCAUUUUCUGCCUUCACACUGUAACAACCCUAGAAAAAUACAGACCCUGGACUAGUAAUUUGACGGCACUUAGACAUGGUAGAUGUGUGUAGAUGCAUUUACCUUCAGCACUUCGCAUAGAUUUUCCGGAUGUCAAACCUUUCUCCUGGCAGCAAUCAGCCGAGUUAUUCAGAAUACCACUAAUUUACAAUUCCCAAAAACCUCUCUCGCACCAAGUUCCCUUUUUAAUGCCAGACAAACCAAUCUAUUCCUUUUCCACUUCAGAGGUUCCCAGUCAAUCAGUGCUGAUGGUCAUUACAGCAGUCACAGUCACCAUGGAAACGACCCCAUACAGUCGCCAGAGUGCGGCAGCAGGUGCCUGAGGAGAAAUUGUGCUUUGAGUCUCAAAGUAACGCUGCCGCCAUUUUGUUAAAAAACAACAAAAAAAACACGUGUGAAUGUGCAAAUAAAGAGAAGUUCACUUUUUUAUAUUGUAAUACAACAUAGGCUGGCAAAUAAUCAGAUUACAAUGUUGUGCUUUUUUAAUUUAUUUACUUUUCAAAUGUAUUUAUUUUAACAUUAAAGUAUAUUAUUUAUUUACCUAAUUUAUUAAUGUGCAUUUGUAGGCCUUUGCUCAAUAAGCUAUUGUGCCAUUUUUUUAUUCUUUUUUUUAAACAGUGGAAUUUUUACUGCAGCAUUUUGCUUGUGUAGAUAAAUAAGCAGAUGUAAUUCAGCCUGACAAACAGAGAGGGUUAUUGGUUAUGACUAAUCAGUAGGGAUAUACACGCAGUAACCCUACUCUCAUGUAACAGAUACUGCUAACCAGAUUGUGUUGCUGAAGUGCAUGUCAUAAACCAACUUUGAAUGCACAAACAGAGUUGAUGGAAGAGCAGCAUUCCUCAAGUGCUGCACUUGCAAAAACGAAGGCGUCUGCAUUGUAAUGUAUAUUUAUAAUACAUGCUGGUUAUGGUGUGUGUGUGUGUGUGUGUGUG